CCCACGCCGGCGUCAUCGUGAGUCAGUUGGGCCUGCUGGACUUCCUGGUCCUCGGCUCCGCCUCGCCUCGGUCUGGCCGGACAGCAGUUCACACUCGCCACGAUCAGAACAAAAGCGACGUCGCUCGAACGGACGGACGAUGGCGACCAAGUAACUCUGAUGUUUGUGCGCCGCGGAUUAAACCAUCGGGAGAGAGAGCUCGUCCCACCGUAUCUAGAGAGCGAACUCUGGCGGAGUGAAGUAAGUUUGUGGCGUCACAGCUUUGUAUGCGGCCAGUAAUCCGUCGAGGCUUCGAUUCAGACCAGGGUCAGCAGACGGUAUUGUUCCCCUGCUCGCCAACAACUUCGGCCAUUUCAAGUGGAAGGAUCUGCGGGACCCCCGGAGUGCUCGACCCCCAUCACACACCGCCCACCGAUCUGCUGAUAAUUCGGGGUAUUUUAGAGGUUGAGGCAAGGGCGAGCUUAUCUUUCCGUCCAGAGAACUUGGAAGUGGAAUCAAGCCUGACGGGAAAAGGGUGGAACAUCAAACUUUCCCCAGAUGGCAACUUAUGGUGAAAACAACGGACCUCUGGCCACAAGUGAGCCGUACAACAGCAAAAUAACGAAAACCAAGACUGACGGGAAGCAUGAAGGAAAACGGGUCAAGGAUUUGCGGCAAACAGCCCGUUCACUUAAAAGCAAUACAGAUUCAGUGGCCAGUUUCACCACCAACACCAACACUGUUGUUUGUUUACCACUAGUGUCGGAGGAGUUAAAGCUGGUUUGGACCCAGUCCGAUCAGACCCGAGAACUAGACAACAUCCCAGAGUUGGUCCAAGCUUUCAACUUGUUUCCGUACCCAACAGCCCAGGAGGUGAGCACGUUAGCCCGGGUCUGCACCUUGCCCCUCGACAAGGUCAAAGUUUGGUUCAUGGUCCAGAGAAUCAAGUAUGGCAUCAGCUGGUCCUCAGAGGAGAUUCAGGAAACACGGCAGAAACUGUCUGUGGAUAAACCGUGCAAGGAGAUGAGCGAUGAGGACAUGGCGGAGAGCAAAAAUGAAAGUAGUGAUGAACUGAUGAUUGAAGAGGACGAUUCAGAAGCUGAGGAUUCUGUCUCAUCCGCCUCCUCACAGAAGGCCAAAGCGAAGUGUGACUCACCUGACUCUAACAAGUCAGCCAAAACAAACUCUCCAUGUUUCAGCUCCUCUCUGCCGCCUCCUCAGGAUUCAUAUUUCUACCGUCCACCAGCAGACACGCCUCCCACCACCAUCGUCGAUAUCCCCGCGGUCCAGACAGAGUCCCCGAUACAGCAAAGUCGCAAUGGUCGAUACAAGAAGUCGAAAGCUCAGCUGGCUGCUCUCCGCAAGAGUUUUUUGGUGGAGCACUGGCCUGCGGAGCUUGAGUUGAGGCGCUUGCAGGAAGAGACCGGUUUGAGUCGCAACGACAUCCGCAAAUGGUUCAGCGACAGCCGGUACCAGUUGAGAGUGGGGCGAGGAACCAUUGCGUCUUCCCAAAACUAUUCUUACCCACAAUCUGGAACCAAACCAGAAGAGUCUCAAACUGUCCCUCCAACUGCUCAAAAGACCCCUCAAGUUAAUGGUGGAAAAGGCCAGGACAGACCUCGGAGCAAUGGGGCUAAGAACGCCGACUUCUUCCAGACCUUCUUGACAAACACCCUGGAAGCCUUUGGAGAAAAAGCCCCAGAUGCCGAUGACUACGACGAGGCUGAGGAUCUCUCUGGAGAUGGGGACAGUGUCAAAGAUGACGAACCAAUUGAAGAACAGCCCCUUCAAUUGACAAAGACCUGCAAGGGUGAUCCAGAUGUUCCACUUGAUCUGAAAAACUCCCCCCGCUCCUCGCACUCUGGCACACCUCCGCCUACGACUGGGCCUCAUAAACAGACUCUGGGUAGCAGCACAUCAAAGAAGUCUAUCAAAGCCUCACCAAACCCCCACUCCGGGGCAUCAGCUUCAACACUCACCCCUGGAGGGCGACCGAGGAAGACUAAAGAACAGCUGUCCAUGUUAAAGGACUACUUUUUACGCUGCCAGUGGCCGAAAAGUGAAGAGUACACAGAACUGGUGAAGGUAACGGGCUUGCCUCGUGCUGAUAUCAUUCAGUGGUUUGGGGACACACGCUAUGCAGUAAAGAACGGCCAGUUACGUUGGGUUAAGGGUGUUCGGGAGCAGUUCCUAGCUGAACUAGCUGCACAGCAGAACAGCGGCGGAAUCACAAAUGGCUCUGGGUCAUCUCAAGGGGGAAGCCGCAAACGAAAGUCGACAACUUCAGACUCCCCAAAUCUACAACCACUCAUUUCUUACUUCUUUUCUACUGGAUCGCUGAAUGAGAAAGACCUUGAUACGCUAUGCAAGAAAUCCAGAAUGAGUUAUCAGCAAGUUCGGGACUGGUUUGCCUCUCAGGUCACCGAGGAGACUGACCCAGAGAUAAACGUUGCUGAUUAACAAGGUCAACAGAAGUCCUUCACACCAGCAAGCUUUUGCUUACGACUUUUGGUUUGUUUGUUUGGUAACACAACGUCUUCCCUGGAAAAGUCACUGAAAGACUUUUUGUUGAUUUUUAAUAUAUCAGGAACUGAAGUAAAGCAAUGACUGAUAGGACAGUAACUUGUACACUGGUUUGUGAUAUAUUUGACCAGGUUAUUUUUUUAGAUAAUUGUUACACAGAUAAUAUUAGUUUGCUAUAGUAGCAGCAUUUAAACAUUCUGUACCUUAGUUGACUGAGUGUAGCAGGUGAGCCGGUGCUCUGGAAACAUUUCAGCGUGUGACUGAUCUCUGUGUGAACUUUCCCUCUUUAUGGUCCCAAACUACUCAACGUGAAAAGCACACUGGAAUUGUAUAUUUUAUAUUGACAUCUUGCACUUUUGGUUCUAGAGCCUGCUGUCGUUAUGCAUUAAAUACAUUUCUUGUUAAAAAAAAUGACCUU